GGGGGGGGGGGAGGGAGAGGGCCAGACGUUCACCCUUCCUAUGGAGCACCGCAGAAGAGAGCAGAAAGUCUCUCUCCGUCGAUCUUCAUCCUCCUCUUGUUCCUCCUCCUCCUCCACCUUCUCGUUCCAGCGUGGAGGAGCCGACUCACUGGCCAGAGAACUCGAGUCUCUCCUGCGGAACAUCCCCGGCAGUUUCACGUCGACGGUCAUCCGGAUCGACUCGCGGCCAAGGUCGUUCGUCAAUGCUCUCUUUUGCGCGUUCACCAAUCCAAUACGUCGAUUUUAAAGGGAGCAAGUUUCGAUUUGUGAAAGAGGAAUUGUGCUUCGAUCUUUAUCGUCGAAAGGGAUCGUGUAAUUUUGUUGUAAAUGAAGAAGAUGGAAGAAUCCGGAGUAUUGUGGAUCGACCAGUGAUUUUCACGAUGGAAUUAAUAGUGCAUCGGGUGUUUCUCGAGAGGAUUUUGGAUAUUUCUACGUUUGAAGACUUUUUGGGGAUAACGAGAUUAAGAGGAUUGGGAAAAACGAAUGACGUCGAUAUAUAGAAAUACAAUCAAGAGAAAAGCCAUAGGGAGCCUGCAAGACGUGGAUCUUAUUCUAAUAUAAUUUAAAUUAAAAAUGUCUUGCGUGGGGAUGUCCUGUUACGAAGAUGGCUUCCGGUUGGCUGGUCCCGCAUCGGAAUGCUCUCUCAGGAGCAAAGCUCGCAUCGAUGCCCUUUUCGAGGACUCGAGAUCGAUUUACGGAUCCAACAUUGGCGGAUGGUACGGUGGGGUAUCGACUAUGAACUCGAAUUACGUGGAGAACGUGGGGGCGGAAGAGCAAAGGCGGGUGAACAGCGCCGUGCAAGCGCGGAUCGAAGCGAUGUUCGCCUCGGUGGAGGCCGAAAGCGGAACACCCGAAGAAUGCGUCGCUGCAAUUUUACCGGUGAAAUACAUGGGAGCAGCUCCAGUGGGUGGUCGCGUAGCCAGCGUGCGAGGUCUCCAAGAGCCUCUGCGUCAGCUUCUGGAAAGGAUCGACGAAUCCGUGAGGGCGGAACUCGAGGUUUCGAGACGAGGGCUCAGUUUUCGCAUCAACGACACCUGCGAGAAGAACAACCCCUUUCGCAGAAUCGCGGUGUGGAGCGCGCUCAGGCUGCGCGGUAAACGCGUGCAAUCGGGAGAGCUGCAUCACGCUUUCUUGCCGUUGGUAGGCGAUCACGAGCAGAGCCAGACAGGCGAGGAGAAGCACGCAGACUUGUACAGAACGAUGCGUGGAUUGAAAACGACAGCGGAAAAUUAUCCACCCAUAUUCGCGGUGGUGAUGCGACGACCAGGCGCGACGAGAUUAUUAGAGUGUCACGCGUUCGCGUGUAAAACGGAAGACGACGCGGUGGCCGCGGCUGCGACCCUCUACAGAGCUCUUCUGGCCGAUCUCGAUGCGAAUCGGCGUCGGCCAAGGCACGCGAAUGGCGUUGGUUGCGUGAGCCUAGCUUCGAUAGCCUCCAGCGAUCGAAAACUGCCCAGCCUGAGCAGCAGACUCGGCAUCAGAGCGAACAUUUCCCAAGCGGAGUCUGUUAAGCCGACUGCUUCGCAUCCUGUGAGACCGCCGCGAACGAAGAAGACCACCUCGGUGUCCAGUUCGGUGACGGAGGACGAAAGCUCGAAACCGUCGGAGUUGCAAAAAGCGCCGAGAAGGAAGAAGAAGAAUUCGGACGUGAAGGCGGAAGAUAUAUUGGAGGCGCGAGGGAGAAGAAGGGAGACGCCGAAGGAAAAGAUGAUUCCGAUGAUGGUGCAGAAUUUCAAUUCUAUCCAGAAAAACUUCGAUUCGAGGGGGAAUCUGUCUGAAAAGGAAGAGUGGCAAAACUCGAAGAACAAGAUAUUUGGAGGUAAAUCAGACUCGAUGGUGUCGGAAAAAAUUGAAAUUGACAAUUUCAAUAAAUCCUCGAGUAAAAUUUACGAUAUCGGAGCUAAUGGAUUGUACGAGACUGUUUCCAAUAGAUACGAGAUGUGUCCUGUGAGUGGAAAAGCAGGGAAAAAUGAGAAUCUUAGGAAGCAGACCCCCGAAUCGGAAAACGCGAAGGACAAGAUGUACGAAAAGACGCGUGAUUCCUACGAGCUGAUCCCUUCGAAAGAUGUCUCGAAGAGUCAAGAGGCGUAUUCCUCGAAUAAAUCUCUCAAAUCGAACGCUUUGAUCCACGAAAGGAUCGAGAAACCGACUUGCAAGAGCGAAGAAAACUCGUUGUACGAACGAGCGAAUAAAAGAGGUAGCAGGGAGAGACUCUACGAGGAUCAUUUCAAAGACGUUGACAAGAUAUACAGCCUUGCUCAAGAGGAUAUUCAGAGAACCGGUAAACUCGAGAGAGGGAAGAUAAGAAGUUCCCAGGAGGACAUUUUCUUCGCCAGAUCUCGUAAAACUGACUUUUACCAAUCGAGUCAGGAGAAUUUCGACGAUUCCGUGUCCGUGGAACGAAGAAGAUCGAGGGACCAUGAAAAAUGUACAUCUGGAAAACGCGUGAGCAGAGUUGUCACUAUGGACAAGCCUCUGAAGAAACAGUCGAGCGAUUCCACGUCGAAUUUGGACUUAUCCGAGUGUAAUCAGCCGAGGAUCAGGAAGAGGAGCAGAGCUGGCAGCGAGCCACCCGUUAGCAGAUCCGAGGACGGGACGAAGAACCUUCAAGAAGGCAAAUUGAAGAGAUCUCAAAGCGACAUUGACGUGGAUCGAGGAGAUCUGAUGACCAGGGUCGAGUUGCCUAGAAGAGGAAGCUUUUUGAAUCCUGGAAGCGCUAGGAGGCCUAACAGCAUCAAAGGUGGCACUCCUCUAGGAUUCACAGAGCUGUUCGACGAGUUUAGAAAUCAGGAAGGUCUGACCAGUGUUGACGAUAUCUUGGCAGCUAUUAUCGAUCCCGAGGGGAUGUCCUUCAACGAUUUGAAACCAUUGUAUAAAGAAUUCUUGUUAAAAUUGGCGGCGACGUUGACGCAGGAUGAGUUGUAUCAGAGAUCAGCGAGCAUAAUGAGAAGGCGUCGAAGACCUCAACGAAGACGAUCGAAUCGACGAACCUGCUUACUUGGCAGGGCUAUCAAGAGGUCGGUGUCGAGGUUGAAAGGUGGACCGACAGAAUUCACUUCCGUCAUAUUCCCUGCAAAAAGAUUGAACGACAGUUUCGGUAGCAGUUCUUCCUGCGAUGUCAGAAACAAUCACAGAAACCGCGUAUUGGCUAACAGGCUGGCGAAGAGAAGGUCUUCUUGGAGGACGAGUAAAAAUGGUUGCCACACUACUUCGGAGGACAGUGAUACAUGUAGAAGACUAAACAGAAGCGCAGGCGUUGCCGCGAAUAGGAGCAGCAGUGGUUACGUGAGUUGCAGCGAGUGCAGUUACGAUUCCGAGUCUUGCACCUGCGUAUCGGCGGACAAGUGUUACUGCUCGUUGUCCAGAAGGAUUCCGGAACAGCCUCACGUACCUCCAAACACGGUGGUGUGCUCGUGUGACACCGACAGCUGCUCCGAGAGCAAUAAGUGUUACUGCGCCCGACAACCGAUUCGUCCGACAAUCCUGGAACAAUUGAGGCAAAGGGGCAUCGUGCCCUACGAAAGCACCUUAAGCCGAGCCGGAAGCCCAGACAGGGCACGGGCGACGAAGACUGGGAGAGGUCGAACGCCUUCUCAAGGUUUGGAUGUACUCAAGAAGCAGUCGUCGUCAAGCUAUGGCAGUUCGAACAAUCUCGCCCUGGAUUACGAUCUUUUCAAUCCAGAUCGGAAAUCUCAACAAUCGUCGGACAGUGAAAAAGUGUUGGUCGUUAGUGCCAGAGACACACAGGGUCGUUUGGUAUACGUUGGUGGGGCAGACAGGAAUAAGAAAUGUCAUUCCCAUUCUUCCGGUCGAUCUGGAGCGCAUCACGAAGCCCUUUCCAUCAAGAAAAGCGCGGAAAUCGCGGCAGUCUUCGGGGCUGAUUCGAAUAGGAUCAGUAGACGAGCUAGUAAUGCCUCCAGCAUUAAGAGUUCUAUUAGUCUCGAGGCUGGACUAGGAUAUUUACCAUGAUGAUUAUUGAUCUUAAUUCUUCCUAUUUGAUCUAAUCGAAAUAUUUUAAAGAUAUAAAAUAUUUUUUUAAGUUAUCGAGAAUUAAUAAACUGAUGAUAAAUGGCAAUGACGUAAUUUUAAAUAGGAAGAUGCCAAAGAGAUUAAAAAAGUAUAUUAUGAAUUUAUGAUGAAGGA